CAGUGGCCACGACCACGACGAGUAAAAUAAAGAAAGUAACGUGGGAGCAACUGGACAAGGGACUUGAUCUCGACCUAUAUCUAACUCCAGCCCUGCACCUUUCCACCUUCCCUUCCCUCCCCUCCCCUCCCCUCCCUCUCCGAAAGCUGGAGGGGAAGGAGAUCCAUUGCUUCCGAUGGCUGCCUGCCGUCUCUGACCUCCGACCUCUGCCUCCAGCCUCCAGCCUUCUCCCGCCCUACCUGAAAGCAACUCCUGAUCGGAUUCAGGCUAGGUCCUCACAGCACAGCCCUCCUCUGAGACUCAGCAAGGAGACCUGAACACGAAUUGAUCUCUGCGCCGCUGCAACCCCGGCCCGUCGAAGCCAUGGGGUCCGGGGACUGGUUCAAGACGAUCAUCAGCAAGAAAAAAUCGAAGCGGGGAAAGUCAAAGCACGCAAAGCUCUCUGGCCAAGUAACAAAUGGAGGCAACCAGACAAAUCAGAAGUUAGACGGCCCUUCUUCAAGUAGUGAGGACCACGAAGACAAUGCAGCACUAGAGGAAUGGGCUGCUACUCGCAUUCAGAAUGCGUUUCGGAAAUACAAGGCAAGGAAGACCCUGCGUUGUCUCAAGGGAGUCAAAAGAUUGCGCGUUGUGGGUCAGGCGAAUCCGGUUAAGAAGCAGACUGCUGCCACGCUGAGUUACAUACAGUCUUGGAACAAGUUGCAGUCGGAGAUAAGAAACCGACGUGCUUUCAUGGUCACCGAAGGACGCAACAGGAAGAAGAAGCAGGAGAACCAAAUGAAACUUGAGGCAAAACUGCAUAAUUUGCAGAUUGAAUGGAAUGGAGGCUCGGAUACUAUGGAUGAAAUUCUUGCUAGGAUACAACAACGGGAAGAAGCAGCAGUAAAGCGUGAGCGAGCCAUGGCGUACGCGUUCAACCAUCAGUGGAGAGCAAGGUCUGCCACAAGUCUAGGAAACUUCAGCUAUGAAGUCGGUAAGGGUGGCUGGGGCUGGAGCUGGAUGGACCGCUGGAUCGCAGCACGACCAUGGGAGCCGCGAUCCAUGGUCCACCCUGAGAACCCGAAGAAAGCACAGGCAAAGAAGGAGAACACCACAAACCCAUCAGCUCUCAAGCUGCAAGGCUCCAUUACCCUAAGCAACAAUAUCAAUGACCGGAAAACCCUGAAAAAGAAGCCAUUGCCUUCAGCUUCUCCUGCUGAUCAGAAGAAGCCAUCACCGUCGCCUUCUUCCGAUCAGAAGAAACCAGUACCGAAGGAGCAGAGAGCAAAGGCAGCUGGCACUCCUCCAAAACCAAAGGCCAAAGAUAUGAAGGGGAGUCAAGAGAAAAAGCCACAACCACAACAGAAAGUGCCUCCUCCGGUUAGCGCAUGAAGCUUCCUGCUGCGAAAAUGGUUACUGAUCAUGUAAGAUACAUCUUGUGAAGUUAUCUCAUGUUCAACACUCAUGCUUGUAUGUUUUUGUUUUUUGUUUUAUGGUGUUAUGGGACGAGGGGUGCCCAAUCUAGAAUGUGCUUGGUUUGAGCGAUUGCGCACGCACAACAUAUCUGAUGAGAAUUGUUUUUGGUUAGGAUUAGGAUCUCUGUUAUUCAUUGUUGUGAUGCUGUAAUAAGACUUGCCUUGCCUGGCUAUCUGCUUGAAUGGAAAGUCUUGUUGGAACAACA